GGCUCCUUGUACUUUUUGAUUUUGUUCUUCUUCUCUUCCAUUUCUUCCCAUUUCUGCAGCCUUUGAGGAUAUUGUUUUACAUACCCAUUGCUUUGCUCAACUACCAUCAGCUCAGAAUCACAUCUCUUCAUCUUCCGAUCGCAAAACAACAACCAGCAUCAACCGUCAAGAUGGCCUCACCACAGAAGAUCCGCACCCCGAUCACCGAUCUGUUCAAGAUCAACCACCCCGUCCUCCUCGCCGGCAUGAACGUAGCCGCGGGCCCCAAGCUCGCCGCAGCCGUGACCAACGCUGGCGGCCUCGGCGUCAUCGGCGGCGUCAACUACACGCCAGACAUGCUCCGUGACCAGAUCGCCGAGCUCAAGUCCUACCUGACCGACAAGAGCGCCCCCUUCGGCGUCGACCUCCUGCUGCCCCAGGUCGGCGGCAGCGCCCGCAAGACCAACUACGACUACACCAAGGGCAAGCUGGACCAGCUGAUCGACAUUGUCAUCGAGGAGAAGGCGAGCCUCUUUGUGAGCGCCGUCGGCGUCCCCCCUCGCCACGUCGUCGAGAAGCUGCACAAGAACGGGAUCCUGUACAUGAACAUGAUCGGCCAUCCCAAGCACGUCAAGAAGUGCCUGGACCUCGGCUGCGACAUCAUCUGCGCCCAGGGCGGCGAGGGCGGCGGCCACACCGGCGACGUCGCCACCACCAUCCUGAUCCCCGCCGUCGUCGACGCCGUCAAGGGCCACAAGAGCCCCCUCACAGGCCUGCCCGUCCAGGUCAUCGCCGCAGGCGGCAUCCACAACGGCAACCUGCUCGCCGCCAGCCUGAUGAUGGGUGCCUCCGCCGUCUGGGUCGGCACCCGCUUCGUCCUCUCCGACGAGGCCGGCGCCCCGGACUCCCACAAGGAGGCCGUCCGCACCGCCAGCUUCGACGACACCAUCCGCACCCUCAUCUUCACCGGCCGCCCCCUGCGCGUGCGCAAGAACCCCUACAUUACCCACUGGGAGACCGAGCGCCAGCAGGAGAUCAAGGACCUGACCGCCAAGGGCGUCCUGCCCUACGAGGCCGACCUCGACAAGGUCAUGAGCGGCGAGCUGACCCAGCCGCCCAAGGGCAUGGAGGUCCCCGGUGCCGCCGAUGGCGAGGUCGACAUCGACGAGCUGAUGGACCAGUUCCGCCCCUUCCUGAUGGGCGCCGCCGCCGCCGUGUGUAACGAGAAGAAGAGCGCCAAGGCCAUUGUUGAUGAAUUCGUGGACGACGCUGCUGCCUCCUUGCAGAGGGGCGCCCAGCUGGUCAAGACCUCGUCCAAGUUGUGAAAUAUGAUGAAGAUUUUGUCAAAAGUGUGAAUUAGCCUUGCGAUAGUUUUGUGUUUUUUUUUUUUGUUUUUUUUCUAUUUCUACAUGUCGACCUAGCUCAGGCGUGGACUGCGGAGGGGCUGUUAAGCUCGAGAGUAGCUGAGAUGCUGAGUUGCUGCAUGACACGGUUUACUCUUUGAUAGGGUUACGACAUCAGAAGGCGUUACAUUGGGACAGGUCGGCAAGAAUCUCUUUUUCUUCAUACAGCCUGUAGAUGUGGAUGAUGAUAAAUAUACUGCCAUUUCUGUUUUAACAAAAAAAAAUCAUAAUGUACC